CCAAGGGGGCCCUGGCGGCGCCGCUGCGCAGCAUACUCUGCCGCAGCUCCCGCCCGCAUGCCGACCCGUGGUGAUUCGAGAGGCACGCUCCUACGCCGGACAACAACGGGUCUGCCCAUCUUCGAGCCGCCUGGUGAGGCGGAUGACCUCGAAGAACUCGACCUUCCGAAGCUCCUCUUAGUCGGCAGCGCCUUCUACACCGGCCUGAACUGCUGCACCUACCCUCUCGCAGUCAUAAAGACGAGGAUGCAGGCGAGUGCGGUGAGCAUGGGCUCGCUCGAGGCGGCCGGCGAGCUGUGGCGCAUCUCUGGCAUCCGAGGCUUCUACGCGGGCAUCGGUCCUGUGCUGCUCGGUGCGCUGCCCGCUCGGGCGGGCUACAUCACCGCGCUCGAGGGAACCAAGGCCUUCUGGCAGGCGCGUGCCGAAGCGGCAGGCGUGACGGGGCCGACGGCCGCCGCAGCGAGCAACGGCGCGGCCGGCUUCGGCGCGGUGCUAGCGAGCCAGACGAUCUACACGCCCUGCGACGUGGUGACGCAGCGGGUGAUGGUUGCGAGCGGGUCGGGCGGCGCUGCGGCGGCGGACGCCUCUGCAGCCCACGUGGUGCGAGACAUCUGGAGCACCUCUGGCUGGUCUGGCUUUUACCGCGGGUUUGGCGUGACGCUGAUCGCCUACCUGCCGGGCGGGUCGGUCUGGUGGGCGGCGUACGGCGGCGCGCGCUCCGCGGCGAGCGGGCAGAAGCUGAUGCCCGAUCUAGCCGAGCUUGCUCUCGCCGCGACGUGGGCAUCACUGUGGACGGUUGCGGUGACGAGUCCGCUCGACGUGCUCAAGACGCGCGUGCAGCUCGCGCCGAGCAGGGUAGCGCCGCCCGUGCUCACCAUUGGGAGGGAGCUGCUGCGGAGCGAGGGCUUUGCUGGGCUAUACCGCGGCUUCCUCCCGCGCUGGAGCCAGGCCUCCAUCUUCAGCGGCUCCGUCAUCUCCCUGUACGAGCACCUCAAGCGCAUCUGCAAGAAGUAGACGGCGGCACGUGCCCCCUGCUCUCGUCGACCCUCUCCCUCCACGUACCACGAGGCCCUGCACUGGUCCUGCUGUGUGGAGUGUGCGCAAAACAUGGCGCAAAAACAGACGGAGCAGAAUUGUGUGUGUAGUCUGUAGAGCCGUAGACUUAACGUCGUCACAUCCUC